AUGGGAAAGUUCCGGGCACACCGCUGGCGCCCGCGCCCCUGCCCCCGCCCCCGCCGAUUCCUGCCCCACAGACGCCUGGUCCCAGCCGCCAUUCCCUGGGAUGGGGAGUGGCCCGCCAUGCUGCCCACAUCGCCCUCACAAGUGCGUCAGAACUACCGCCCCGAGUGUGAGGCUGCGCUCAACAGCCUCACCACCCUCGAGUUCCACGCCUCCUUCCAGUGCCUGGCCGUGGCCUUCUACCUCGACCAUGAUGACAUGGCCUUGAAGCGUUUCUCCCGCUUCUUCCUGCUCCGCUCCCUCGAGCACAGCAAGACAGCCCAGAGCCUGAUGUUCCUGCAGGUCCAGCGUGGGGGCCGCAUCUGCUUCGUCGACAUCAGAAAGCCUGAGACCCAACAGUGGGAGAGCGCACUCCAGGCCAUCCAAGACACCCUGCACCUGGAGAAGAGCGUCAACCAGAGCCUGCUCGACCUGCACCAGCUGGCCACCAACAGCAGUGACGCCCACCUGUGCCACUUCCUGGGGACCGGCUCCCUGGACCAGCAGGUCGAGUCCAUGAAGGAGCUGGGGAACCAACUCGGCAACCUGAGCAACGUGGGGUUCCCGGAAUGUGCCCUGGCAGAGUACUUCUUUGACAAGCUCAGCCUGGGUGACGGCGACAAGAAGGACUGA